AUUCUGGGAGGAAAUAUUUCAACAGUUAGUUGAGGAUGAGUGGAUGAUAUUACUGUGAAGAUUCUGAAAUUUAUUUGAUGGAAGACAUUUUUUUUGAGUUACCUAGUUACCUGCGCAAUAACACCUGAAGGAUAAAGCUUUCUUGAAAUUUUCACCGUAGAGCCAUACAUUGGCUAAUAGCCUGUUUUUGAAACUGAAAACGGAAGUUUCAUUUACCAAUGUUUACAGCGAGUUCUGUAUAGAGAAUACCAGACUGUGCGUUACUCAUAAUUAACUACUGCUGUUUUAACAGUGCUUGUAAACGACCAUGCUUAAAUUUGCCACAAAAAAGCCACCACGCUUAAAACAUUCUGAGCAAGCUAACAGGCAUGCACACCUGGUUGAACAUGGUCGUGGUUUGAGUGAUGAAGGGGCGCAUUAUGUGAGCGGUGAUUUUACGCGCUUUGAAAAAAUUAACGGAGAUGACAUGAUUGGCGCAGCCAAUCAGAACGCAGGCUUUGGGAGACCCGUGCAAAAUAUUGGAGUCAAUUAUAAUGAAAACAAGGAAAACUUUGAGCGAAAUGUUGGAAGGGAUUUGAGCCCACCACAUGUGCAAUGGAAAGCUUAUAAUGUGAAAUAUGGGAAAAUAGGUGUUGAGAAAGAAAUAGAUUACCCACAGUAUCAGCAAGAAAGACAAGUGGGGUAUUUAAGAAAUGGCAAGAGUGAUAUAAGUGAAAGGUCAAGUUCACAAGGUUCAGGUCAGAGGUCACAGUAUAAUCCAGGAUUUAUGGAAAAUACAUUGGAGAACAGAAGACCAUAUGAUGUCAAUAGGAAUGUUUAUUCUGAUGGAUUAAGUGACACUGAAAGUGCAAGAAGUUAUUCAAAAGGAAGUGGUUAUAGAUUCCCAGCAUCUGAAGGUCAAUUUGACACGUCAAGGUCGAAUUUAAAUGCACACCAGAACAAUGCAUACACCAGUUAUGGUAAGAAACGUCAGUAUGAAACUUCAUAUCCUGCAAGUCCAAGACUUGCCCAUGAAAGCCCAUUUCCUGCACCUCAAUUGACAGGGGAUAACAACAGUCACUAUGGCCCAGUGAGCAGUUUAGAUUCUACGGCUAGUAUGUCUAUUGACUCAAUGAGCACAAGCGGGGAUCGCUCCUCUAAAAGCGUAUCAGAUAAUCUGGACUAUGAUAUGAUAAUGGAAAUGCCUCAGGUUACUAAAAAGAGACUUGAACAAAAGCCACCUGUUCCGCAUAAGCAUCAUCAUGUUCAUGUGGGAAGAGGGACCCAUGGCGUGUGUGAACCCUCUCCAUCACCAACUCGACCAGGUUCAUCUGACAGCCACAUUACAUCAUCUUUAAGAAAGAGCCCAUCUGGAUUAAAGAGUGGUCAUCAUGUGAGAUGGGGACCUGGAGUUGUUAACAGUCAUCAGAUUAUUGAACCUCAAAUGUCAAGGUCCCCAGUGAACUCGGGGCCACCUGUAGCGAAAAAAGGUAAAAAGAAGACUUCUUUACGUUCUUUAUUAAAUUUACCAAAAUUUCCUAUGAGUGACGAUGAAUCAGAUCAUGGAGCUGAAUUAACCCAAAGUGACCAUUUGAACCAAAAUUAUAGAAAAGACCAAAAAGUUACUUCUGAUACAGCUGAUCAUAGAGGAACCUUGAGAAAAUUUUUAGAUUAUCGUUCAAAGAAGAAACCAUUAGUGGCUCAAAGCCAACCUCUUACAACAAGCAAUGAAUUGGCAUCUUUAAGAUACAAACAAGAUAACCUAAUGUUUUAUUCACCAGAGAAAAAUUCUGAAGAGCGAGGACAUCAAAUGAAAUUAAACAUAACUCAAGCAAAUCUUCAUUCAGAUUUUAAUAGUGGUUUUGAUGGUACUUUUUGGCAAGACUAUGACACUGUCCAAGAGACUGGUGCUGUUAAAUAUCCCAUAGUGCAUUCUGGCAGAGACCAGUCUAUUUUUGGAAAGGAACCCCUGAGCAGAAGUCCUGUCAACUCAGUACGCCCAUUUCUCAUUAAUGGGCAAUCAAGUGAAAUCCAAGACUAUGAUAACUUUUCAGAAACUGAGAGUCAACCACAAAAAUCUCAUGUAAUUAGUGUCAAAUCAGAGGAUAAAAAUGAAGUUAAUGCAUUACAUCAAGGUAAUAAUUCAAAGACACAAUUGUAUGACAAAAAUCCUCAGACAACAAAUGUUUUUCAAUCUACUCCACCAUUUACUACAGCUACUUUUGACACCUAUGUGACACUGGGGCGGCCUACAGAGUCUAGUGUUACAUUUGAUACAUUUGUCACACAUGGUAGACCAUUUGCAACAAGUACACCAAUACCAAAUGGAAAUUUUGGAAAUGUUCAUAAUCUAGGUCAUGAAAUGUCGUCUGCUGGUGCAUUUGACCGGUCUGAUUUAGGAAGGAACUAUUUACAAACUUCUGGAUCUCAUCAUGACCAUCAUGGUCAGGUUGAUUCAAGUGUGACUCAAAGUUGGACUUACAGCUCUCCUGGUGCCCAGCAGCAUACCUCUGUGCCAUUUGUUACUCAGUCUGUGCAAGCUAGCUCAAGAGAACCAGUGAUGCAUACAAGGACAGAUUUGACCUCAAGUGAAAGGUCACAAGGUCAUGCUAGUGCAUUAGGGUCACAGGGACCUUACAAGAUGGAAAAUCGUGUUUAUGGCCAACUAUCUGGCCCUUCUUCAACUUUUGUGACAACAGCACCAGGAGUAACAGGGGUUUCAAAUGUUGGUAAAGUGUUACAUGACCUUGAACUUAUGAGUCAAAGGCCUGUUGGUCAAACAUUCAGAGAGACUAAUCUAAAUGUCAAGAUGGAGAACUCAAAGUUUAAAGACACUUGUACAUAUCACGAAAAGGACACGGGUGACUAUGAUGAUGAAGUGUUCCUUAGCCUCGGUUUGACCCCGGGAACAGGAGAAAGGUCAAGGACAGCAAGGAGAAAGCUGGACUUUGAGGGAUCGAGCAACGGACCGGUUGUUACAUCUUGUGUCCCUCAGCUGAACCAUGAGCUGAGUCAUGAGGACACCUUAAAUCAUAACUACUCUGGCUACCCAAAAGUUCAAGCAGUGCCGGGUAUAACGCAGCAACGGGGCACAAUGUCGUCCAACUUGAAUGAAAUGAUUGCACGUGAUCGGGUAGAUGGCGGUGAAGUGGCGUGUAUUCUUGACCUGGUUUACAUCACUGAGAGAAUCAUUUCGAUGUCCUUUGCUUCAGAAGAACAUGACAACACAUACAAGUAUAAUCUGAAAGAAGUUACACGUAUGCUCAAAACCAAACAUGGAGACAAUUAUCUGGUGAUUAAUAUCUCCGAGAAGAGGCCUGACCUUGCGAAGCACUGCCCACAAGUGUUGGAUUAUGGCUGGCCAGAUAAUUUGGCUCCGCCCCUUGAACGUCUCUGCAGUAUCUGUAAAGCUAUCGACCAAUGGAUGGGCACAGAUCCAAACCAUGUGGUUGUUGUUCAUUGUAAAGGUGGGCGUGGCAGGAUAGCUGUUGUAAUAGCAGCUUAUAUGAGAUACAGUAACAUCUGUGCCAGUGCUGACCAGGCAUUAGACAGAUUUGCGAUGAAACGUUUCUAUGACGAUAAACUUGGGGGAUUACCUCAACCAUCACAGAGAAGAUAUGUUCAUUAUUUUGCGGGUCUUCUUUCCGGUGCAAUACAAAUCAAUAGCAGUGCUCUUUACCUUCAUCACAUACUUAUCCAUGGUGUGCCCAAUUUCGACACGCGUGGUGGCUGUCGGCCAUUCAUUAAAGUCUACCAGGGAAUGCAUCCCAUCUUCACAUCCGGUGUAUACAAUGUGACAGAUAAUAUGCAGAAGGUGUGUAUAUCUAUAUCACCUGGAAUUCCACUUAGAGGGGACAUUCUCAUCAAAUGUUACCAUAAAAAGAACAACGCUGGACAGCGUGAAAUGAUCUGGGGAUGUCAGUUUCACACGUGUGCUAUAUCCCACAAUUCCCUGGUAUUCAGCAAAAAUGAACUUGACUUUGGCAUAAAUGAUCCAAGGUUUCCUGAUUCCGGUAAAGUUGAGUUUGUUUUUGGAAACAACUCGGAAGGCUUGGUUCAAGUGGCAGAUUUCAAGUCAGAUGUUACGGUGCCCGUUGACGACUCCACGGAAGCGCUAACAAGAUGGGACUCCUAUGAGAACUUUGGCAAGCCAGGCGACGGCAAAGAAACUGAUGUGAAUGCUAACGGCCUUCAUAGUUCUCAUCACCACCAACAACAACACGGGGUCGACAGUUUUCGAGUAACGCAACUGGACCACUCAUCAGGUCCUGUUGACGGGAGUCUUUACGCGCAGGUCAACAAAAGAAAGCUGGAGUCGCAAAUCAUACAGAACGGGCCGACCAAACUACAAAAUGGCGGCUCGUAUUCAUCGAGCAUAGACUCGGGUAUUUCUGCAUUCUCUGUACCUAUGGGGGCAUCUACCACCCAUAAAAGCAGUGAAAGUUGGUCUUAUAAUACACGUGAACGAGAUUUUCAUCAACCAAAUAUGUCGAGUAUGAGCAAAUCAUAUAGUUCUUCAACAAGUCCACGAUCUGGGAAAGUGGCGCUCGAUGAACAAACACAACUUGAUCAAAUUUUAAGUGACUUGCUAAACGAUCAAGCAUUCGUGAGUCAGAAAUCUCCGCCGGGGACACGAAGUUUUAAAACUGUUGAAGAACAUACAAGCCCUGAGGGCAAUUUAGUGGUACAAAGAGGAGACGUUACUUACAAAGUGCCAGAAAUGAGGUCAGAAAAACAUUAUACCGUGAAAACUGAAAGUAAAACUAUUACUGAUGAUAAGUACAAACCAGUGAAUGCAUUUACCUAUACACCAUCUUCGCCAGAAAUGUCCCGGAGCCCUACGAGCCCUAAAGCUCCAUAUAGAACUGAUUACGAGAAUAAUUAUAGAAAAGAAUCUUACAAUUACCAGACAAAUGGUCCAUCAUCACUUAGCGAUGGUGAACACUCGUUGUCAUGGUUACAACAACAACAAGCUAAAUUGCGAGAAAAGAGUACGGAACGUGACCCAAAACGUCAAAGAAAUGAACAGAUGAUGAUCGAAGAACUGAAAAAAUCUCAAACUCAAAAUAAAUAUUUUCAAAAGCGAGCGCAAAGUGAGGAGUCCUCACAAGUGUCAUCUCCGUUACAAAAUGGGCCCACUAGCCCGUAUAGUUAUACAAUUUCACGUACUCAUACAUAUAAUACAGACAAAUCACCUAGUGAAACUACAUUUAGACCUCAUGACACAUUGCCAGUGGCUGCUUCGCACACAACAUACAUAACGGAGCAGCUUUCACAGCCAAACAGACGCGAAAAGUCAUAUAGCGGGGGAGGUUACCAGCAGAAUGCAAGCUCCUGGAGGAGUGAGACUCAUACACAACCCAGGGUUAUUCAGAGGCAUAAUUCUGAAUCGACUUAUGAUCGUGAACAUACCGAGAGAGAAUCGCGUCCGCAAUAUAGGACUCCACCACUAUCUCCAAGAUCAGUGUCACCCCAUACGUUUCAAAGCUAUAAAACUGUGUAUAAAACAGUACACCAUGAUGAACCGGACUUUUCGCAACCUCAACCGAUAGAAGUUCAAUUAGAAAAACAGAUACAAAGAGAACAACAAACAGUUAAACAGGAAGCAAAUAAACCCCAUUACAUAACAGAGGUCAUAGUUCAAAGGACAGGAGGGUCAGAUUCUAAGAACAGUACUCUGAACAGAAAUGAAAUGGAUAGGCAAGAUACUGAUAACCGUUUGGACGCCCUCGAGAAAUCCCUCCAGGCGGCGCAACACUCUAUCAUACAGUCAUCUCCAUGGCAACAACAACAACAACAGAAUGUUAUGAAACAGGAAGUGCGUCAGUUUGAGACGCGUACGUACGAGACAAAAACGGAGCAACGCCAAGAGCAGCGGCAUGAGCAGCAACGAGUGAGUAGAGAGGAAAUUAACGGAGGUUAUCCCCGUAGCAUGUCGCCCGUGUGGGAUAAUUUUGAGCAUGUGCAGCAAACACAUGUUGAGCCUAAAAAGAUUGAAGUUACUGAAGAAGAUCGCAUCACGCUGAAGCCAAUAGGCCCAGGAGUUCAACAGUUGGAGCCUGAAGGCUCGCACUCUGGCAGUACCCUAGGGAGGGACAGCACACUUGGUCGUGCAACCACGCCUAGCUUCCCAACAAGUCCAGGAGUUGCAUCUGCAGAGCACAUAAUACAAGCAGUGCAUGAGAAAGCUCGUCGGAUGUCAAUAGGUUCCUCUAACCAAUCACUGAAUAGCAUUGGUGGUUACCUUGCGACCCCACCAUUUCCAGUUACUCCUAGGACCCCGUAUACAAAUAUCUCAGUGUCAACGGGUCCCUACCACCUUCAAAGUCAGUUUAACCGACCCCAGCAGAGCCCCUUUAACUACGGGUCUUCUGUAACCUCGGGACAGUACAGUUCCCAGCAGUCUUUGAAUAGCGUUUUUGAACGUGACGAGCCGAGGGACCAUUACAAUACGAUAGUCUCUAGGCAGCUUAUGCGUAGUGCCAACGAUCCUACUUACGCUUCUAUAACAGACCAUGAAUUUGGGAAUGCUAAAGUUGGUAGCAAUGUGACAAGCCCGACUGGUACCCUACAGUCUGAGAAGAUGCAAUACCAGACACAAUAUAACACUCAGCAACAGUCGUACCAGACAAACACCUUGCCACAUGGUGGACAGCCUCUAGCCAGCCAGCAGUACUUGACUAACACACUUCCCCAUAGUGCACCACAACCUGUUAGCCAAUCAUUUCAAAGCAGUACCUUGCCACAUCAAUCCGGAUUCAACCAGCAGCAAAAUCAACAGUUUCAGCAGCAGCAGCAGCGUCAGUAUCAGCAGUACCAGACAAGUUCAAGUCAGCAGUACAGCACUCAGCAAUACUCAACUAGCUCGCAGGAUGGCAGUCUUCACGUAGACACAAACCCCAGAAUGUUGAUGACCCAGCCUGCUAGAUCCCCCUCUUCUCCAGGGAGCCCACCAUCGCCUGGUAACUUGAAUACAUUACGGCAACAACUUCAUGUGGCCCACAAUAUGUCAAACAAUGCUGUAAGCCCAGGCCCACACUCGGCCACAGGUCAAAGUUCACCGAGCGUCUACUUCGGUCUCUCAAGACGUGGCAGUCUCACCUCCCUAGCUGACUCCGAAGCGAUGCACACUACACCUAGAUUUGUUAAAGAUACGUCAAAAUACUGGUACAAGCCGAGUAUUUCCCGAGAAGAAGCUAUAAUAAUGUUGAAAGACAAGGCACCAGGUACUUUUGUGGUCAGGGACUCAAACUCUUUCCCUGGGGCAUUCGGACUUGCUCUGAAGGUUGCAACCUUGCCACCAAAUGUCCAGACUAAAACCACAGGUGACCCCCAGGCUGACCUGGUCAGGCACUUCCUUAUUGAGCCCACAAGUAAAGGUGUACGUCUACGUGGCUGUUCAAAUGAACCAGUAUUUGGAUCAUUGGCAUCCCUGGUUUACCAGCAUUCUAUUACACCUCUGGCAUUACCCUGUAAGCUUGUAUUACCUGAACAUGAUCCUUCACACAUAGUGACUGACAUUUCACCUACACAAGAGAUGCCAAAUUCAGCUUCACAACUUCUUGCACAAGGGGCAGCCUGCAAUGUUGUGUACCUGAACUCUGUGGACACAGAAUCUCUGACAGGGCCCCAGGCUGUGGCCAGGGCAUGUAAAGUAACCUUUGAAAAUCCACCCCCAAAAACCACUCAAGUACACUUCAAGGUGUCCAACCAAGGAAUAACAUUGACUGAUAACCAGCGCAAGUUAUUUUUCCGUCGUCACUAUCCAGUUGCUGCUGUAACUUAUUGUGGGGGUGAUCCUGAAGACAGAAAAUGGCGUUGUAAUACAGAUAUGCCAGGAGUUCAAGCAGACGCCCGAGUGUUCGGUUUUGUUGCCAGAAAGCAGGGAUCUGUGUCAGACAACUGCUGUCAUCUUUUUGCUGAAAGUGAUCCUGAUCAGCCUGCCAGUGCCAUUGUUAACUUUGUAACAAAGGUCAUGAUUGGACAGGGAAAAAUAAAGUCAUAGCUGAUUGGUUGACAUGAAAUUAAAAGAAACAUUAUAGAAUUGUUUUGAUUGGAUGGUUCAUUGUUUUAUGCAAAAUUUGUUCAGAGUGCCUUGCAGUGAAGGAUUUAAAGAAAAAUUAUUGGUUGUUUAGAAUAUUAGUGCCAGAUGAUUGGUUAAAAAAGAAUGCUUUAAAGGGUAGAUCCAGAUUUUGGUGAGAGUUGUGUUCAGAUUUGAUAUUUUAAAUAAAAAAAGGCUUAAUGUCACUGGUUGUUUUUAGAUAUGUGAUGUAUUUAUAUUUUUGUGUUGUGACCAUUUCUAUCUUUUAUCUGUACUCAUGAAUAUUUUAUAAUGUAUAGAAAACACCAUAUUGUAAUGUGUUAGUGACUGGUGUAACAUUGCUUUGAAUAACAUGUUAUAUGUUAGAUAGCUAGGCAAUGAAUUUUUAUUAAGGCUUGAUUGAAUGUAAAUGUAUUUUUGUAUAGUAAAUUUUUUU